AUGAAGAGCAUUAUUAUAAUUUUACCAGUGACUAUUUUUUUUCAUUUUAUUUCGUUAUCUGGAUGUAACAAUUUUACUGACCAGACUGACAGAGUCAAAAGCGCCAACGAUAUUUUGAUAAGAAACAUUUUGCUGAAGAUGUCAAACGGGGAAUUAGAAAAAAGUGACGAGAACCUCAUUGAAUUGAUAAAAAGAGGAAUCAACGAGGAGGCGAAUUUUGUCAAAAAUACUAAAAGUAAUCCGAGAGCUUCCUCUCAAGCUGGGGCUCUGAAAGCUCAAAGUUUGGUCGCUGAGGUCACUGCAGCCUACACCCGAGCAAUUUUCAAAUCCAAGUCGCCCGAAGAAGCUCACGGGGUGCUUAAAAGAUUUCAAAAUACUAUUUUGAUGAUUGUCGAGUUUACAAAACAGGGAAAAUUUUCGCUGCAGUGA